UGAUGUCAUGGUGAGAGCUUGGCAGCCUGGCUGAUGCUAAGUGCAUCUUUUAGCAUCUUUCCCUGGAAGGAGGUGAGUGAGAGGCUGGGAGCGGCUGGACCACAAACUGGGCUUACAAGGGGAAUUUUCAAGGAGGACCUUAUCUGCUGGACACGAUCCUCACCCACCUACCCAUUCUGCAGGAGGCCUAGAACAUUACACAUCAUGACACUAGCUGCAUACAAAGAAAAAAUGAAGGAGCUCCCCCUGGUGUCUCUCUUCUGUUCGUGCUUCCUCUCUGACCACUUAAACAAACCAUCUUACAAAUAUGAAGUAGACACUGUAGAUCUCACCUGGUGCGUCAUUUCUGACAUGGAGGUCAUUGAACUCAACAAGCGUACCUCGGGCCAGUCCUUUGAAGUCAUCCUCAAGCCACCAUCCUUUGAUGGAAUCCCUGAAUUCAAUGCCUCCCUACCCCGACGACGUGACCCUUCACUGGAGGAGAUCCAGAAGAAGCUGGAGGCUGCUGAGGAGCGGCGUAAGUACCAGGAAGCAGAGCUCCUAAAACACCUGGCGGGAAAGCGGGAGCAUGAACGGGAAGUCAUCCAGAAAGCAAUUGAAGAGAACAACAAUUUCAUCAAGAUGGCCAAGGAAAGGCUGAUCCAGAAAAUGGAGUCCAACAAGGAGAACCGAGAGGCCCAUUUAGCUGCUAUGUUGGAACGCCUGCAGGAGAAGGACAAACAUGCUGAAGAGGUUCGGAAGAACAAGGAACUAAAAGAAGAGGCCUCAAGGUAAAGAGGCCCCUGGGAACACAGACAGUUUGGACUGACAGCUCCAAGGAAGGAUGGCGGCAGGUGGCGGUCAUGGCGGCUACCUCAGCACAAAAUGUUGAUUGACGAGUUGAGAUUGUCCUCUGCUUUCGUUUUUUUGUGAAUGUAAAGAAACUGAUUGGUGAAACCAUCUUGUGUGUAUCAGGGAGGGAGGGGGACAUAAGGGGAAGCGAAAGCUGGAAGAAACGUGAGCAUUUGGGGAGGGAUAAUGGGUGGGAGUGGAUGACUAGACACGCCUAAAAUGGUGGCAAAUUUUAACCCAAGUUUUGUCAUUUCCCCCCACACUGGUCAUGUCUGAUAAGGAACCCAAAUUCACUUAGAGGUGGUGGGAACGUGUCGAAGCAGGGGUGGGAGUGGACAGGUAUGUAAAUUAAAUUUGGUGACGAGCCAGGAGCAAAAGGUGGAAGGAAAGUCACCUCUGGGGGUGAGUGUUGUCUUGUGUGUUGUUGCCAUUAACGUCAGUCACCAGUUUGAAGAAAAUGUCCUCAUUUAUGUGUCUCCUUCGUAAUUGUUCCUCUCAUCUCUAACUCCCAGGUACUGUCAGCCUGGUGUUGCUUAACCUGAGGUGGUUGGUUGUGGUGGCUUUUGAACCCAGAGAUCCUUUGUUUCAAAUAUAAUAAUAAAUAGCUUUUGCCAGA